AUGUCCCCGGAAAAGUCCCAGUACACCGGGGAUGUUUGUCACAUUCUGUUCAGAUCCCAAGGACCCCUUCUGAUUCCUAGAACUAUCGUCAAAAAAUGCCCAAAACUUGCCGCAAGACUGGACAAGAGGCACAUCUUCUCCAAGCCACUCGACACUGUCGACAUCGAAGACUACCCGUUCUCAGUUGGGCACAUACUCAUUCAUUACCUAACCACCGAUAAAUAUGAGUGCCUCCAGCCAGAAGGAGAAACGGAAGAUGAGCGAAACUGCUCAGAGCUUGCCACUGCCUUUAAGGCUCAUGCUGCCGCUGUCGAUCUGGAGCUUCCAUUUCUUCAGCUCCUGGCAUCUUCCGAGAUGAGGAGACUGGAAGGGAAACUGAGUCUAGUCUUGAUCACGCGGACACUGAACGAUACUAGACUACCACUAGAUCAGUAUCCGAUGAUUACGGCGAAUUUCGUAUCGUGUGUCAUAAGAUUGUCAGCAUCCCCCUCGAAGGAGUGUAAAGAAGAAAUGAUGAACCAGCUUGGAGUUCCGGAGAAUGUUGCUAUGGUCCUGAUGAAACUCUUGCUUCAGUCCAAAGGUAUGACGCUCACUCGAGACCACUCCAGCGAAAUUGGCUCGGAGGACGAGAAAGCCUUGAAUACAAGUCAGCUCGAGGAGGAAGAAUGUGAGCUUCUGACAAUAUUAGAGACUCUCGACAAGGAGAAGGCUCGUAUAUAUCAACCGACCUUUGAGACUGGCGUUCGAGAGAAGAUGGCUAGGGAAGCACUGGCCACGACAAUUCUUGAGACUUGGGAAGCUAGCGGUGGAACCCUAUCGUCCCUACAACACGCUCGUCUCGAGGAACUCCGAAAUAUCUCUGACAAGCUUUCUCAAGACUUGGAUAUCUGCAAAACGGACUUGGAAGCCUCGAAAAAGCGCGUACAACAGUUGAAAGUAGAAGCAAAGGCCAUUUUGGAAAGGCUGGCUUUGGAGCAUGAGAUCCAAAGCAUACUUGAACGCCAAAAACAGCAAAACGGAUUCUUAGAUUUGAGUGACCGACUUCGACUGAGGUCUGCGCAAUCUCGCUGCUGCGAUCACAGUAACGCGGCUUCUGUUGAUGCUCGGGUUCAUUUGAAUACCCAAGACUCCGAGAUGGGCCCAGAACAGGAAGAAGAGAACCAACCCGAUGAUGAUGGUUUUCGGACGCCGACCCGCACGUCGUGUAACAUGAGACACCGUCAAUUAUCCAACGUGAAAGGAGCUGACGAUGAGCUGGAGGAAGUCUGUGCACGUCUGCGUGAGUUCAGAGACUUCGUGUCUGAGACCACAAGCACAUCUGGGCGGGAUACGCCCCCUUCGACCUCAAGUUACGAGUGA